GUCCGAGCUCCGAGCACGCCGCCGGCCCCGGAACGAGCGUGAGCGGUGCGGCAUUUGCAGCCAGUUGCAGGAAGUAGCGGUGCUGCCGAUAGACUCUUGUUUUUUUGACAGGUUGUAAUUUUACGACCCAUCUCUAGCGCUCUGAGAGGAGAACUUGUGGCGCUGCACUGGCAAAGGGCUCUAUUGUCGUUGGGUCAAACCUUGUUUGCGAAAAUUAUGUGGACCAGCGUACCAGAACCACUUGAACAGUUUCUAAUUUACAUCGUAAUUAAUAUAUUUCUCAUUCUUGGAGAUUUUUUUCAUGUUAUAUCCUUUUUUAUACUGUUCAUCAAAGUCUUCAAGACAAGGUCUACUAGAGGCAUAUCUUGCAAGAUGUUCAUCCUGUUUGUGCUGGUUUUCAUAACCCGGUACCUUGAUUUGCCGAUGUACAUCAUAUCCGUAUACAACACAGUGAUGAAGGUUCUGUUCAUCACGAUGUCAUGCGUGAUGGUCUACUUAAUUCACAUAAAGUUUUCUCAAGUGAAAGAUGCUGGGGCUGCUGACAAUUUCAGGGUAGAGAGACUGAUCAUCCCUGCACUGGUGUUGGCAUUGUUUGUCAACCAUAGAAUUAGCUUUUUGGAAGUGCUGUGGUCGUUUAGCAUAUUCCUGGAGGCUGUGGCAAUUCUGCCUCAGCUGACGCUGGUGCAGAAUACCGGCGAAGUGGACGCUUACACCUGCUACAGCGUGGCUACCCUGGCCGCGUACCGUGGCUUUUACGUCGUCAACUGGGUCUACCGUUACAGUCACGAGAACCGCAUGGAUGACAUAGCUUUCUUUGCUGGCCUGAUCCAAACACUUCUGUACAGUUUUACGGCUGGAUAUAUGAUACUUCAAUACAGAAAGGAGACCCAGACAUCCAAGCUAUCCUUAAUAGACAGUUUGAAGCAGGACAUAAUCUUCAAGGAUAAUGAAGCUGAGAGUAUAUUACAGGAGAAGAAUGCUUUUUCAGAUUAUCCUGUAACCCUUCAAAAUACAGAGAUAAUGAACCACCUCGGGCCAUUUGAUGUUAACCAGGUGAAAGUUCACAGCUGUGUUCCUAAAGAUGGUUAUCAACCACAAGUUUGUCUUCAAGAAAAGAAAGAAGAGCAGUUUGUACAUCAUAUAUGAUGGAGUUAGUUACCUCAUCAUGGUCAGUUUAAAUUGGCACAAGGCUGGCUCAGCAGGAUGAUUUGGUGAUGGUUUGCUGUUGUCAUUUGCAGUUACCAAGGUUACCAUGUAGCGAUACUUCAGUCAGACAUAAAACUGUUGUUUUACGAUACUACUGUGAUAUAAUAUGUAAUCUUUGGUAAACCAGUAUUCUAAUGACAGCCAAUGACAUAUACAAUUAAUAAUUAUUGUAACAUUUAUGGCAGCUAAUAUUUAAUCUCAUUGUUAUUUUUAAAUAAACUUAAGCAUCCAGAAA